UUUUCCGAUCAAAGAGUCAAAAAAAUAUCUAAUCACUCGCUUAUUCUUCUUCUAAUCUGCAAAAAUGGCGUCAUCAUCGUCUAUAGCUCUCAGGAGACUUCUCUCUUCUACCGUCGUCCCUCGCUCCAUAAGAGCAGUUCGUCCGGCGGCUGCUUCUUCUCGCCUCUUCAACACCAACGCCGUCAGAAACUAUGAACACGGUGACGAAAGGAACCAUCGCUCAAACCGACAUGUUUCUCGCCGCGGCGGCGAUUUCUUCUCAGACAUGUUGGAUCCGUUGAUUCCGACGAGAAGCUUGAGCCAGAUGCUAAAUUUCAUGGACCAGAUCAGUGAAUUCCCUUUGGUGUCAGCAGCAGCUACGCGUGGAAUGGGAGCUUCAGGAGUUAGACGUGGCUGGGACGUGAAGGAGAAAGACGACGCGUUGCAUCUAAGGAUCGAUAUGCCUGGACUUAGCAGAGAAGAUGUGAAACUUGCUUUGGAACAGAACACGUUGGUUAUCAAAGGAGAAGGUAAAACAGAGGAAGGAGAUGAUGUUUCUGGAGAUGAGGGACGGAGGUUUACGAGUAGGAUUGGGUUACCGGAGAAAGUUUACAAGACUGAUGAGAUUAAAGCGGAGAUGAAGAAUGGUGUGUUGAAAGUGAUGAUUCCUAAGAUUAAAGAGGAUGAGCAUAACAAUGUUCGUCACAUAAAUGUUGACUAGAGUUACGUUUUUCUUGGUGAAUCAAAGCAAAAUUACAUUUCUUCAAUGGACAUUUUAAAAGCAUUAAUGCACUUUGCUUCCUUAUUCUAUAGACUUUGAUGUAUCAUCACUCAAACAUGCUAAGCAACAGAGCCACGAACAUGUACAUGAUGCACCAAAUUG